CCUCUCGUUGCCUUGGUCCUGAGAUGUCUGCGAUUGACGAGAAGAAGGGGCUCGACGGCCCUGAGCUACUGAGAAACAAUUCGGGCUCCUUCAGCGACGAGAAGGGUGGCUUUGGCCCCGAUGUCGCUGUAUUGGAGUCCGAUAUGCAAGCGGUUGGCCAAGAUGUCGAAGAGGCCAUUGCUGCAGCUCGUAACAUGACUCAAGAGGAGGUCGAGGAUAUCAUACAACAAAUUGUUCGGGAUCAUAACCACGAUCCGAACUUUCCCUCAAGGGUCCUCGCGAGCGCCCGUCGUUUCUUGGAGGAUCCUAGUGUCCGAGAGGAUCCGGUCGAGUAUCAUAAGCUUUUCGAGGAGCUCAAAGUUGAAGCAGCGCUGAUCAAGAUCAACUCCCCUUACGCCGAGGUGCGCGCUGUAGUGGACAACCAUGAUGACCCCACUAUGCCGUCGAGCACGUUCCGCGCGUGGUUCAUUGGCCUGAUCUACGUCGGUGUUGGAGCAUUCAUCAAUCAAUUUUUCUCCAUUCGCCAGCCCGGCAUCGGCGUUGGGUCUAAUGUUGCUCAGCUCCUUGCCUAUCCCGCCGGCAGGCUAUUGGAGGCGAUCUUGCCUACGAAGAAAUUCACGCUAUUUGGACAGGAGAUGAGCCUCAACCCUGGGCCAUUCAAUUUGAAGGAACACAUGGUCAUCACGAUCAUGGCGAACGUUGGGUUUUCGGCUCCGUACACGAAUAACGUCAUCUUUGUGCAAUUCAUCCCGCGUUUCUUCAACCAAUCCUGGGCAAGCAAUUUCGGGUACCAGAUUCUUGUUGGGCUUUCGACCAAUUUCAUCGGCUAUGGGCUUGCGGGUUUAACGCGGAGAUUCCUGGUAUAUCCAGCGGCCGCCAUUUGGCCCCAGAAUCUGGCGACUAUUGCGCUUAACAGAGCCUUCCACAGCGGUCGGAACGAGGUGGCGCACGGCUGGAAAGUUAGCCGCAUGCGUUACUUCCUCUAUUGCUUCGUCGGCAUGUUUGUUUACUUCUGGUUCCCCAACUACAUCUUCCAGGCGCUUUCUUACUUUAAUUGGAUCACUUGGAUCGCUCCCCAGAAUGUCAGCCUCGCCGCCAUUUCCGGUAGCGUUAACGGACUUGGCCUUAAUCCGCUGCCGUCAUUCGAUUGGAAUUACAUUACAGUCGGAGGGGACCCGAUCAUCAAUCCCUUUUUCGUCAUACUUAACGCUUUUAUUGGCACUGCAAUCACGUUACCCAUCAUUGCGGCCAUCUGGUACACGAACGUGUUUAAUACUGCUUAUCUUCCCAUCAACAGUAACGGUGUCUUUGACAACACUGGCUCUCGCUACAAUGUUUCGCUGACGGUGAACGAUGACGCACUCUUUGACGAAGAAUCAUAUAUGCAGUACUCUCCUGCGUACCUGGCCGCGGGGAACAUCCUUCUCUAUGGUAUCUUCUUCGCCGUUUACACGGCUACCAUCAGUCACGCUAUUCUCUACCACCGCCACGAGAUCGCCAGCGGUUUUCGGAGCCUUCUCAGUCGCAGGUCAUAUCAUGAAACCAACAAGGAUGUGCACAGCCGCCUCAUGACCGCUUACAAGGAAGUACCUGAGCUCUGGUACUUCGGACUUCUUGUCUCUGCCAUUGCUGUCGGUGCCGCUGGAGUCGGUGCAUUCCCCACACAUACGACUCCGGCUGUCGUUCUUUACGGCGUCUUUCUAGCGCUUAUUUUCUGCAUCCCUAUCGGUAUCAUCACCUCCGUCACGAAUGUCCAGGUCACUCUCAACGUCUUAGCUGAAUUCCUCGGUGGUUUGUGGUUCCCUGGUAAUGCCGCGGCCAUGAACUACUUCAAGUCCUAUGGUUACGUUACUACCGCGCAUACCAUCAGCUUCGCACAAGAUUUGAAGUUGGCCCACUAUAUGAAAAUCCCUCAGCGUGUCACCUUCGCAGCACAGUCUAUAGCUACCCUUGUGUCAACUUUCGUAUGCGUCGGAAUUCUGAACUUCCAAAUGACGCAGAUCAACGACGUGUGCUCUCCCACUCAGCCUGAUCACUUCACUUGCCCUGGAAUAAACACGUUCUUCACUGCAUCUGUGCUUUGGGGCACGCUCGGGCCCCGACGUAUGUUCGGUACAGGCCGCAUCUACAACGGUCUCAUCUGGUGCUUCCUGAUUGGGUUCAUCUUGCCGUUCAUCUUCUAUUUUGCUGCAAAAAGGUGGAAAAUCUUCGAGCUUGUGCACCUUCCCGUCAUCCUCGUUGGCGGUCUGAUUUGGGCGCCCUUCAACAUGGCCAACGUCUGGCCUGCGAUUCCUAUUGCUUGGUUGUUCAACGUCUACAUCAAGCGCAGGUAUCUCGCUUGGUGGGGCAAGUACAGCUACAUCACGACCACCGCGUUCUCUUGCGCCAUCGCGAUCUCCGCCAUUGUGAUGUUCUUCGCGCUUCAGUGGCCCAACGUCGUCAUUAACUGGUCGGGGAACAACAGGCCUUUUGAAGGUUGUGAUGGCAUUGGCUGUCCUCUGAAACCGAUUCCAGAGCAGGGCUUCUUUGGUCCAGGCCCCGGAGAGUUCCAUUGAUCUGUUGAUGCAGAAUACUAGUUCUAUCUUUUCUCGAGCUCUUGUAUCGUCCAUUU